GAGAGAGAGAGAGAGAGAGAGAGAACCGUUUUGGUGUGGCUUGAGGCAGAGAGCGCGUGAGUAAAAAGAGUGUGAGGGCGGGAAAACACUCGGGAUUCCUUAAAAGUCGAUUUCUGACUGGUUGUAUUUCAAGUUGCAGAUGCUGACAGAUGCGCUCAAAGACAGUAUCAGUAUCGAGGAAACACUGGUGAAGUGUGAUAGUAUGACUCUGUCCAGUGCACCGCCUUUACGCAGAGGAAGUACCCCUCUGCCAAUCAAACACCAGCUCAGACGGGAAGAAGCAGUUCAUGAUGAUUGUGAUUGGACAUCAGGGUUGUCUGGACCUUCUCCUCCUCCAAUCAGUUUCAGCCUGGCAAAGGAUGAGACCAUCACCUCAGCGGUAGAGGGGAGACCCCCCUCUGAAGGGCCCUUUCGAAUUGCCCUGCUGGGUCAGAAUGGGGUGGGCAAGUCAUGCCUUGCUAUUGCCUUGGCUGGGGAUUUGGAUCGAACUGCAUCUGUGGAUUCUGAAGGGGAGGGCUAUGUGCACACUGUUACCGUGGACGACGAGGACUGCACCAUUCUUAUCUAUGACAACUGGAGGCAGGACCUGUCUGAUCUCCAGUGUGAGGUGUGUGUCCUGGUGUUCUCUGUGACGGACAGGCGGAGUUUCCACCGCACCGCCCAACUCCGCCUCCUCCUCAGGGAGACGCAGCCGCAAACUCCCAUCAUCCUCGUGGGCAACAAGAGCGACCUGGUCCGUUCACGUGAGGUCAGCACUCAAGAGGCCCUCACCAGCGCUUCUCUGUUUGACUGUCUAUAUGUAGAGAUGUCAGCCUCUCUGGAUCACCGCACAGCAGAGCUCCUGGAGUAUGCUGUGAGGUUAGCCAGGGGCCUCAGCCCGGUGCCUCCAGGGGCCUGUGGGCACGACAUGGCUGGCGGCCGGGAGAGCAUCACCCACCGUGCCAAGCGUUUCCUCACUAGCCUGGUCCCACGCUACCCCCGCGAGAGGGAACGAGAGGGGGGCAAGUUCUUUAGACAAAAGUCCCGGUCCUGCCAUGACCUGGGUGCCCUGUGAUCAGGGAUGAUGGAAGGGAUAGAAAGAGAGUGGGUUGGCUAGAAAGAGAGAGGGUUGGCUAGAAGGAGAGAGGGGUGGCUAGAA